UAAGGAUUUAAGGAGCAGCCGAUUGCCCUGCCGUCCGCCUGGCGCCUGCCGGACUUCCAGUCGUUCUAGACCAACUCAGCCAGCCUUCUGGACCUCUGGUGCAGACGUGCAGUGGUGCGCCGUGCUCUGUUCUCACAUUCACGGCUUCAGGCUUCACAUUCAGGCCCGCCCCUGUUCUGCUGUUCACGCCUUGUCCCUUCACUUCCUGUCUGCCUCAUCGCCUCAACAAUCAGCCUUCAGAAGUUCACGUUCUCAGGACUUGAUCGAAUUUAUUGGUCUUGGUGUUCGUGAACCAAUGGUCAUGAUGUGGUGUGACAACUGCGGGAGAAGUGUCUGCACUGAUAAUUCUGACAACAGACAAUGCUGUACGUUGUGUGGGAAAGUCCUUACCGAAGACCAUUUCGUAGAGGAAGUUACUGUAAAAAAUGAUGUCGAGCAGAGUCAAUUGGCAGGGAGUAGUUCUUUAAGGUCUGUGGAAAGUCAAUUCUCAGCUUCAUGGGAUGGAACACUGAAGGAAGGAAAAGCAACUGCAAAACUGAAGAAUUCUGGUCCUGCCAAAACUGCAGCAGAAGCCACACAAAAAAUGUUGAGUAGAAAGAGAAGUCUACUGGUCAACUUCGAUGUAUUGGAAUCACUUUUUGAUGAGACUCCACUCCCUGAUAACAAUAGUCUCAAGAAAAGCCGAAAUGAUGACAUAAGCUCCAACAACGAUGACUACCUGGAUGGCAUAACAAAUGAGGCCGUAGAAGAGUGGACGGAUGAAAGUGAAAAUGUCAACGAGGAAAAUUAUGCAGAACCUGGAACCUAUGAUUUUGAAGAACAAUAUGAUGGCAACCUGGAUGGUAUAACAGACGAGACCACCGGAGAAGAGUGGACAGUUGAAAGAGAAUAUGUCAAAGAGGAAAAUUGUGCAGAACCUGGAACCUAUGAUUAUGAAGAACAAUAUGAUUUUGAAGACUACUAAAUCCUAUAGGAUAUUAAUUCAUAUACGCAUUUUUUGCCCUCCACUUUAAGGGUUAUAAGAUGGGUAGUUCAGGUCCGCAACAAUUAGAUAUUGGUGCA